UCACUCUUCCCUCGAAUCUCCUCCACGUAAAAGAAAGCUCCCCAGCGAUUUCCGUCACACUGUACGACCUCAACCCAGAGAGAGAGAGAGAGAGAGAGAGAGAGAUCCAUGUCUCUCUCCGCAGCUCGCCGGCAUCCAUAACAGAGAGAGAGAGAGAGAGAUUGAUAUUGGGUUCGUGUGGAGCUGUCGGAAGCCGGCGUAGUUCGUGUGCACCGUGGACAAAUUUGGAGAUUUCUUCAGGCAAUGGAUGCAGGCUUCAAGAACUUAAUAGCAUUAACAAAGGCUUGUUGAAGGAUGGAAGAUGGAAUAUCAAGUUUCUGGGGUCCUGUUACAUCCAUUGAUUGGUGUGAGAAAAAUUAUGUCCACUCUUCAUAUAUAGCGGAAUUUUUCAACACGGUAUCAAACAUACCUGGCAUACUUUUGGCCCUUAUUGGCCUGGUAAAUGCCUUGAGGCAACGUUUUGAGAAGAGAUUCAGUGUCCUGCACAUAUCCAAUAUGAUACUCGCCAUUGGUAGCAUGCUUUAUCAUGCUACACUACAACAUGUUACACAUCAAGGAGAUGAAACGCCCAGGGUAUGGGAGAUGCUUCUAUACAUCUAUAUUCUGCAUUCACCAGAUUGGCACUACCAAAGUACAAUGCCAACCUUUUUGUUUCUUUAUGGUGCUGCAUUUGCCAUCCUCCAUUCACUAGUACGCUUUGGAAUUGGCUUUAAAAUACAUUAUGCAAUACUCUGCCUCCUCUGUAUCCCUAGGAUGUACAAGUACUACAUCCACACAGAAGAUGUCGCCGCAAAGCGUCUUGCAAAGUUAUAUGUUGCAACCAUAUCUCUCGGCAGUCUAUGUUGGCUUUUUGAUCGUUUGUUAUGCAAGAAUAUCACUCAAUGGUAUAUUAAUCCCCAGGGUCAUGCUUUGUGGCACGUGUUAUUGGGGUUCAAUUCCUAUUUUGCAAACACUUUCCUGAUGUUCUGUCGGGCCAAGCAACUGGGAUGGAAUCCAAAAGUUGUUUGCUUUUUGGGAGUUCUCCCAUAUGUAAAGAUUCAAAAGCCAAAGACGCAGUGAAAGAUAAUUCAGUUACGGUCUCAAAAGCGGAGGUAGCCAGGUAGUGUAUGGUUUGGCAAUUAUGACAACAAAAAUCACCUUUCUUUUCCCCCCUUCUAGUCUUAUGUAGAGGGCAAUUGGAUAGUCAUGCAAUAGUUUGGGAUAUUUAUUAAUUUGAUUUGUGAGCUAGAUUUUUUGUCCGGUUCUAGGAUGAAUUAUUUACGGUUUGAAGUCAGUCAUUUUGACAAUGUGGUAAGUGGUAGCACCUACAUGAUUUUAGAUCAAUUUGCAAUUGCUGAUGCUGCUAUUUCCGCUUCA